AUGGUGGUAAGUGUCGAUCCACAUUAUGCCCAUCCAGAUAUACCACAUCAUAUUGGAAGAAUGAAGGAACCGAAUAGAUUGGAUGCUCAAUUUUUUAAAGUCACGUUCAACCAAGCCAUGACUAUGGAUCCUAUGUGCAGAAAGUUAAUGGAACACUCGUAUAGUGCUAUUUGUGAUGCUGGAAUCAAUCCACUCACGUUGGACGGUAAAAAAAUUGGUAUAUACGUAGGAAUAGCUUACAUGGAUAUCGUUAAAGCUUUUAUGGAGAAAGGCAACUAUACAAAUCCAUUUUUUCUUAGUGGCUCAUCCAAAACAAUGUUGGCAAAUCGCAUAUCAUAUUAUCUCAAUACAAUAGGCCCAUCUUACGCUAUUGAUGCAUCUACCGCUAGUUCAUUACUAUCCUUAGAACAAGCUUAUCAACAUCUACUUUCUGGUGAAAUUGAAUCUGCCAUUGUUGCUGGAUCUAAUACUUGUAAACAGCCAACAUUAAGUGUUAAUUUGAGGAGAGCAGGACUUGUAUCUCUUGAUGGUAAAACAAAAUGUUUCGAUGAAAACGGGGAUGGCAGCGUCAGAUCAGAAGCAGUCAGUGUUGUAUUUUUACAAAAAGCUAAGGAUGCAAAAAGGAUUUAUUCUCAAGUAUAUCACGUGAAAAGCGGUUAUUCUAAACCAGACAUUAAUUGUUUUCCUAAUCGUGAAGAAAAUGAUAUUUUAAAAUUCUUGCAAGAGUUCUAUUCUGAAAUUGACGUGACACCCUCUGCCGUUGAAUAUGUAGAAGCAAACGCUCCUGGCAUUGCAUCUCGCGAUAAAGUGGAACUUAAAGCAAUUAGUAGAUUUUUUGGAGAUAAAUCACCAGUUAAAGUUGGAAGUGUGAAGUCUAAUAUGGGGAACAGCGAGGGAGCCUCCGGCAUGUGCUCAUUGACUAAGAUAACCAUACAUGAAAUCAGAAAUUCCUUAACC